GUGGAAUCUCCACGCGUUCCUGCACCCCCGACAAUAGGGCUGAUCGGAUUAUGAAUUUGAAUAAUUUAUUAAACGGCGCCGGUGGGACGAGAUUGCUCUUGUUCCAGACAAUUUCUUAUUCAAAUAUUGGUCUGCGUGUAAACAAAGCGGAUCGAAUUGAAUUUCCUGAUUGACUUUCGGCUUGAAUUCUUUCAGGAGCGCGGAAUCCUUUCGAAUUUACGUCGAAACGAUGCCUUGGGUGGCGGUUCCAUUCCAACAAACGGCCGUGCGAGCUGAACUGGCCCAAUUGUACGGCAUCAGAGGGAUUCCCACGCUGCUGCUUCUGGAUAGUAACGGGCACGUUAUCACAAUGGACGCUAGGACCGAGUUAAUUGAAGAUCCUUCAGCACAGUAUUUUCCUUGGAAACCCAGACCUGUGAAUGUUUUGACUGAACGAUACCUGACCAGACUUUAUGAUUUUCCUGCUGUGGUUCUUUUUGUUGAUGGCGAAGAAACAGAAGUGCAAUUCGCCGAAUCCGUCCUCCAUCCAGCGGCUGAAAAUUACUACAAAACGAACAAUAUCAACUUCAGUGCCGCCCAGGAGGAUUUCUUCCUCAGCUUAGAUGAGGAUCCCUGCCUUCAGUUUUUAAUCGCAGUCGAUGGUGAAACUUCCGAUAUUCUUAGAGAUAUAGUGGGUUUGGACGACGUAUUGCCGCUUUUGGUCGCAGUCGAUUUGCCCAAGAAGAAAGUAGCUGUUAUGGAAUAUGGCGUGGAAAUUACGAACGAUACGGUCAAUGAAUUCGUGCAGAAAAUUCUUAAGAACGAUCUGGAGUUUGUGGAUAUCAUAGAUGAGAAAGUUGAGGUUACCAAAAAUCGUUGAAAGAUUUAGUUACCCGUAUAUUUUGAAACUCAAGCAAUAUUAUAUCUCAACAUUUUCUAUUCACACCAUUAUUGAUGGACAAAUUAUUUCUUAACUUACAAUUCAUUAAUUUUUUUAAACUAAAAUCUUCAGAUUUUUGGAGUACAAAUAAAAUAAAAGUGUGAAUAGGGUGAAGUAAUAAUUAAUUCAUUGAAAGUAAGUGAAGUGAACUAAAUUGAAAAUGAAAUUUGAUUUGUACCUAGAAAUUGUAAAUUUGUAUAAUUUACCUACCUUCCUAAAUAUGCAAUAAAUAUGUUGUGUCAUUUUUCUCUUAAUACGUUAAAAACAAAUUAUAUGUUAAAAUAGGUAUACCUACAUAUUUUAAGGUAAAAAAAUCAUAAUUUUAGUUUGUAC